CUAUCCACUCAAUGAUGCUGCAGAAACUGUCAACGAAAUUGGAUCUUCUAUCAGUAGAGUAAUGGGAGGAACAAGUGGCAUCAUAUAUAAUAUAUUCUGUAAGGCAGCAUAUGCACAAUUGAAAGCAGACAGCCACUCUGUUGUUACACCCAUGCAGUGGGCUGAUGCACUCGAAGCUGGCAUUGCAGCAGUCAGUAAAUAUGGGGGGGCUAGUGUAGGUCAUCGCACUCUGUUAGAUGCUCUUACUCCGGCAUUGUUGGUUCUUAGAGAGAGAUUAACUGCUGGGGAUGAUCCUGUCGAUGCUUUUGUUCUCUCGUCUCAAGCAGCACUGGAUGGGGCUGAGUCCACUAAACACAUGCAAGCGCAGGUGACGCUUGAUUCGAUGCUUUUCCUUUCUGAGUAUUGGAUUCAACAUGGAUGUGUGUUUUCCGUUCGUUCUUUUCCUUUUUAA